AUGGGUCCCUGUCCAGCUACGGGUCGAGGAUCACUUCGGUGGUUCCUGUGGCUCUUUCUUUGGUGGUGGAUUGUGGUGGGGGCCCAAGGAGCGAGGGUUGUCGGAUCUUCCGUCGAUCCGGCGGGAGCAAGUUCACUUGCUGUGACAGGCUCCGAGAUGGUUGCAAAGCCAGACGGAAAGCGUGUUAUGAAGUCAGUGGCCCAGAAGCGUGCCUAUCGUCGUGCAUGUCUUCGGGCGACACGAGCUGGUCCCAAUGGGGCCACGUGGUAUCGAGGCAAAUGGAUGACUGCCAGGGCCUUGCAGGCUCAAAAGAUUUCUUCAGCUGGGGUGUCCUUCACUAGCCAAGCGAGCAGAAAGCCAAUCAAGGUUCCACAACUUCAACUUCCGAGGUGGCCGCCUCGGACAGGCGCCGAAUGUCUUCAUGAAGAAAUGCCUCCCCGAAAAGCCGGCUCGGUUAAUAUCCUGAGUGUUAAUCUGGGGGGCAUCACAUUGGAGCUAUACGAUGAAUUCUGCCGAUGGUUGGAGACAGAGACCACCAUAGCCAAUAUAGACAUCAUCUGUGUGCAAGAAACCUGGAGGCUCACAAGUGAUUACAUUCUUCCGCACUGGUCGUGGCUCAGCUCUGGGGCGGAACCUGUCUCAGGACAGGGUGUUGCCGUCCUUGUGAAUACAGCAUAUGCAGACACGGCAGUCCUGCGAACCAGGGAGAUUCGAGUUGGCCGCAUUCUUCAGGUUCAAAUGCCUGUCAAAGAUGACAAACAAGGACGCCUUCUCAAUGUCGUGUGUGUGUAUGUGCCUUCUAAAGUUUCAGAAUCACAGUAUGUCUAUGAGAAACGUGCUGCUGUUUGGUCGGCGCUGGAUAAGUUUCUGGCAUCUGUACCAGCUCGUCAUUUCUUAUGCGUUGCUGGUGAUUUCAACACGGAUCUCCAACAGGAUGCGCCCUUUGUGGGUUGUACAUUUCAAUGGAAAGGGCACUCCCGUGCCCCAGCCAGGGACCAAUCCACUUUCCAAAAUCUGUUGCGUGCCCACUCCUUGCAUGCUAUGAAUACUUGGAAGCAUGAGGCGACGUAUCUUGACCACCAAGGAAGCAGAUCACGCGUCGACUACAUCCUGACGAGGUCCAACACUGCCAAGGGACACAAAUCUGAGACGAUGCCUCAGCUACACUUUGCUUCGUGGCGGGAGGGUGGCAGACACCUCGCCCUGAUUGGGAGGAUUGAUCUCACGUCAUGGCGGAAUCUCCGCUCCCGUGAGGUCAACAACUUUCAAUACGAUAAACUUGCCUUGGUGCGUGCCUGUCAACCGGGGCCUGAACAAGAUCGACUGAAACAGGCGUUGGUGCCUCAUCUAUUGCUGCUUUAUUCUGGACCCCCACCGAGUCGCGUGGAGGCCCUGCUCCGUCAACUGUGUGCUGAAACCUUUCCGGCAAAGCCAGCGACUUCUAGCCUACAAUGGCAAAAUCCGGAGGUGAUGCAUGAUUUGGAGCGGACAUGGACGAUAAGGCGGGCGAUUGAUGCAACUCGCAUUGCACCCUUGCCUCUACUGCGCAAGGCGUUUCAGAUAUGGAGACUCAAGAAGCAACUACGUCUGAGGGUGAAGGAGCUCAAAAAGGCCAGUCGGCAGAGACGGAGGAAGCACUGGACUCAACAGCUGGAGGAGGCCGAGAAGGCACGGGAUGCCAAGGAUGCGUAUCGUUUCUUCCGUGUCAUUACGACUUUGGCCCCUAGGAGGCCUAUGGAGCGGGUUCAAUUGCGUGAUGAGCAAGGACGCAUUAUGACGCCGGAGCAGGAGGACAAGGCCUUGGCGGCCUACUGGAACACCAUCUACGGCAGGCCCACCGUGAAACAGCGAGCCUGGACUCUACAGGAGGGAAUUUCCAUUCGACAGGAGGAAAUCUACCAGGCUCUUCGUCAGCUGAAGGCUCGCAAGGCGGUCUCGCCAGGGCUUGCUCCGGCAGCGGCCUGGAAGGCGCUGGCGGCAGAGAUGUCAGAGUAUUUAGCCGGAUUUGUGCAGCAGCAUUGGCAGCAGCUCUUGCCAACUUCCUGGACCACCACGUCGCUGAUUUUCCUGCCCAAGGCUGGAAAGACCAUUAAACAGCCCAAGGACUUACGUCCCAUUGCUCUACAGUCGGCGGCAUCCAAGGCGAUCACGACCGUCGUGAAGUGGCGGAUUACACCAUCCUUCCUGGAGGCUAUGCAUGUUCUUCCUCAGUAUGCCUAUGUUCGGGGGCGCAGUACGGUGGAGGCGAUAGCGAGAGUGGCUGCACAUUGCUCCUCUGUCCGACGUUUGGUCAAACAGCAGUCCAUGACCAUUCACGACAAGUUUGCGGGAGCAGUUUCUAAGGAGUGUGUGGGAGGGGCCCAGCUGAGCAUUGACUUGUCGAAGGCCUUCGAUUUGCUGCCUCGUAGUGUGUUACAGGAAAUUUUGUCCACCACCGACCUCACGGCUGACGAGCAGGCGCUGAUUAUGCAGUGGCAUCAGCAAGGCCGAUAUCGCAUUCGGAGUCGUGGCAGUGAGGAAGCCCAACACAUUGAUCUUCAGUGUGGUGUUCGUCAAGGGGAUGUGCUAUCGCCGUAUCUCUGGGGGUUGUUUACUGCUUACUUGGCGAAGGCCUUGGAUGCAGAGAAUGGAAGCGGCUGGACUGCCAGCAAUGGUACCUUGUACGCUGAUGAUAUGCACUACAAAUGGGAAUUUUCCAAAGUUGAACACAUGCAAAAGAUGCGACAGGAUGUCCAAAAUAUCUUUGCUGUCCUCCGACGACUGGGUAUGCAGGCCAAUCCGGAGAAAAGUGCAUUCCUCAUCAGUGUGCGGGGCACGCAGGCGAAGAAAUGGGUUCGUCGCUUUGUUCGGAAAGACAAACAACAGGUGCGCCACUUUCACUUCGGAGGUGGAAUAGAUGACCGGGUGCCGGUUGCUGAGUCCUUUACCUAUCUUGGGGCGGUCUUGUCUUACAACAACUUUGAACUGGAGACCAUGAAGCACAGGCUGGGGGUGGCGGCAGGCCACCAUGACAGGCUUCGAAAGAUCCUGCAUGCCAAGCGGGUUCUCAGUGUCAAAGUGCGAUAUCGUCUGUGGCAGGUAAUGGUACAGACAGCGCAGUUGUACGCCUUGGAGGCAGUUGGGGUUACACCGGAAGGCGCCAAAAUGCGCAGUGCUACGCUGUGUGACAGGCUGAAGGAUCAGACCCUAGAUCCACCGUGCUUUGAUAGAGUCUCCAUCUUGGCGUUUGCUACGGCAAUUGAAGCGGCUCUACCUGAGGCGUACGUGGCCAAGACCAGAAUGGAGCCCUCUAAAGAUGUGGCGAUGGCCUUUGCUUGUAGCCAGUGUGAUCUCCGAUUUGGAACGCUGCAUGACUUGAAGACGCAUGAGGGAAAGGCGCAUGGAAUCAUCAAGGCCCGAGUGGAGGUGACCAAGAACGAGCACGGCAUCAACGGCAUGCCAAUCUGUCGACAUUGUGGGGAAAAGUUUUCUAAAUGGAACACUCUCUCCAGACAUGUGGCCAGGCAAGGCUGCCCGGCUCUUCAACAAGGACAGGUGGACGCUGCGGUGAAGGCGAUGCUCAUCACUGAACAAAGGCCUGCUUUGGAACGUCCGGAAGUUGUCAGUUGCAUCAAGCAAGAGGGUUGGGCUGGUCUCCUGCAAAACAAAGCUUUGUGUGCUGAGCUCAAACAGCGCUGUGCAGUGUGUUACCAAUGGAUCGUGGCAACGAACGGCAUUCGCUCACAUAUCCGCAAGGAUCCGGUGAAGCAGGAAAUGGAACUCUUCGGCAGUCUUCUGCCAGCCUUCGGGGGGAAGCCGGCGGAGGCGGUGGAGGGGCAAUCCAGCGCAGCGGCCAGGCCCAAAAGACGACGAACGCAGGACGAAAGCUCCAACUCGAGCAAGGGAAAGGGUGGUGGGAAAGGUGGAGGAAAAGGGAAGAAGAAGGACGGCAAGGAUCUGCAGCUCAAGGAGGUGGUGGCCAUACUGUCCUCUCUAACUCUGCAGCAUGUGGAUCAGGUGAGCCGCAUCCAGCUGGACACAGGCUUCCUGAUGACGAUGAAAAACACUGAUCAGCCGGAAUGCAUGCUACCGGUGAUGUUCAAAAUCAGUGCGGAGUGGAAGCGCAUCAAAGCCGAGGAACCCCAGAAGCUGGACAAGCCGCUCCGGGUCACGAUGAUGGUAUGCCUGCUCAACGAGCUCAAAGCCAGGGCCCUCAAGGAGUUAGGUCAGGGUAUGCCCCACUUUUUUUUACACCCGCUCAACCCUCAUUCGUUUUUUCCCUAG